AUCGGCCACCGGUACGUGCGGGUUGCAGAGGCAUGCAUCCUGCCUUCUAACGCGGAACCGUUUAAAAAGAAAUCGGUGUUAAGUUCACAAGAAGAUAAUCGACACACAGGAAUUAUAAAACAGCGUCGAUAAGUCCUGGUGCUGAAGAUCGGCUCCACCCCGCAAGUCUCGAAUAUCAUGGAGAGCACGCUGACGGAAUUCGAGGAAAGUCUGUCCUUCGACAUCGACGACCCGGACUUCGCCCCCUCGAAUCCCUGCGGCAUCGCUCAAAAUGUCCUUCGCAGCGUCCAAUUUCCCGACAUCGCGUUCGGCGUCAACAAAUUUGUGACCCAUCAAAACAACAUGUCUGUCACCACGUCCGUGCAGCCUGCCACCGAGAGCCUCUCUCGCCAUGGAAGCAACAUCUCGCUGUCCUGCCAUAGUCUUUGCGGGAGCGUUGACGAUGGCCUCCAGGGAUCUCAUCCGCAAUACCAGGACACGAUCCUUACCAUCGAAGAACUCCGUGCUCAACUGAACUCGUGCUUCACAUGUGGAGUAUCGUGGAGCGAAGAACACGUAUCCCUCGACUGCAGCGAAUGCGGUGGUUAUUCCCUUCAACGGCCGUGCCCGCUUUGCGACGGACGUUGCCAUGCCGUGUGGAAACGCGACCUUACCAUGUCCCACGCGAGUGGUAAAGCAAGAUGGAUUGGCGAAUGUGGACUGAGUUGUGGCCCGUCGCACGAGGAGUCGUUGGUUCCGGCGUUGGAAAAACUACGAGCCACUUCGUGAACGGUGCUCGGCGACGAACGCAUAGAGAGACGUCGUGUACCGUCACCCUGCACAAGACUUAAUCCAUCAUCACCAUCCAUAUAGUGUCACCCACCACCAUUGUGCGAGUCGGAAACGUGUGAAUGUGGACUC